AUGUCGACGAAGAAAUCUGUGGAUCAUAGAUCCCUAGAUGAAAACCCCUUAGCUGAGAAAGCUCUGGGCCAGAAAUCUAUAGGUCAGAAACUCGUAGAUCAAAAUGUCAAUAACCCGGAAGCACAGGGCUCCUCCAGCGACGAGCAUAAUGGCGAGAUCCCACAAAAUCUGCUAGUUCAGUUGAUCAUCAUCGCUAUUUCCGAGCUGGAUGACGAGAGCGGCUCCACCCUCAAGGAUAUCCGAAAGUUUUUAUGGACUGCCGGACUUAUCAGUGAGUCCACGUGCCUGCGCCGGGCAAUGGUGUCAGGUCUGAAGUCCGGGAGGCUAGCCCGGCCCGAGUGGGCCUGUAAAGCGGGCGUCUAUGGCCGGUAUGUCUUAGGGGAUAAUAUCCCGGUGUUUGCGGGAAGGAAAAGCCGGCCGCUGCAGUUACGUCACAGAAGUUCCAGUGCGAGUUCCAGCAGAAGACCAACGUAG